UUUGCCAGUGAUGAGUUUUUUGCGGUUAAGGAGCGCAUCUUAAAUGCUGAACCUGCAGUAUUUAUCGUCGGCAAAUAUGAUGAAAAUGGCAAAUGGAUGGAUGGUUGGGAAACCCGUCGUAAACGCCAUUUAGGUAAUGAUUAUCUGGUAAUUAAGCUUGCCAAACCUGCCAAAAUUCAAGGUUUUGACAUUGAUACUAGCAACUUUACGGGUAACUUUCCGCCUGCAUGUCAAAUUGAAGGUAUCAAGCUUGAACAAGCUAAUGAUAAUGAAAAUGCAGAUUUUUGGACACAACAAAGCUGGCAACCGCUCACCAAUAUGGUAAGCCUUCAAGGUAAUUCUCAUCAUUAUAUCGCAAGUGAAAACACAGACAGUGUAAUUACCCAUAUUCGCUUAAGCAUUUAUCCUGAUGGUGGUGUUGCUCGUUUGCAUGUGUACGGUGAAAUUGUCUUUGCCGAAACAACUGAUUCUCAAGGCGAUAUUGAUUUGGUAAGUGCGUUAAAUGGCGGUCAAGCGAUUGCGUGGAACGACGCCCACUUUGGUAAAGCAAGUAAUCUGUUACUACCCAAUAAAGCCCCAAACAUGGGUGAAGGUUGGGAGACUCGUCGCCGUC